AUGACGGACGCGGUGAACAGCGACAAAGUGUCCACCGGGUCGUCUAGAAAAUCAUUCGAUUCGGCGAGGAAGGAAAUGCGCUCGAUCGUGGCCAGAAUCGAGGCGACAGGGUUGACGAGCAGGAGUCUGAAGCUGCUUUACGCGCGGUCCUUACUGAGGCCAGGAGGAUCGAAGAUCCGCAGGAGACACCUGUGGAUCCUGUUGAUCCUCGCGUGGUGCCUCGGACAAUAUUUCUGGAAUUACGUACGAGCCGCUCGUCACGACAGAUGUCUGGCGGAGCUACCCCCCGUCACGCAGAAAAUUUUCCGGCCAGCGGAAGAUUGCUCGAUUUGCCGGGACGUUCAACAGGUUGACAGGAUAUCGAACGUCGCUCCAGGGACUUUCGAGGAACGUUACGCAUAUUCUGGGAGACCUGUCGUGAUCACCGACGCGAUGACGAAUUGGACAGCGCCGACGGUGUUCUCGUUUUCGUUCUUCAAGUCUUUGUACGACGGGGAGGGCGGUAAUUGCCAGUUCUUCCCGUAUAAAACUGGAUUCAAGAGUCUUCAGGACGUUUUCGAUAUGAGCGCCAGUAGAUCGUUGCUCGAGAAGGGAACGGAACCGUGGUACGUCGGUUGGAGCAACUGCGACGAGAAAAUCGGAAGUACACUCAGACAAUACUACCAGCGACCUUACUUCCUUCCCUCGACCGCGGAGAGCGAGAAGACCGAUUGGAUUUUCAUGGGAAGCCACGGCUACGGAGCUCCGAUGCACGUGGACGACGUGGAGCAUCCGUCGUGGCAGGCACAGAUAAAGGGGAAGAAACUAUGGAUACUGGAGCCGCCGCGGGAGUGUCAUUACACCUGCAACAGGCUGGAGAUCGCGGUGCAACCCGGCGAAAUAAUUGUGCUGGACACGAAUCGCUGGUACCACCAAACCAGAAUCAUUUCGGAAGAGAUGAGCAUCACUAUCGGAGCCGAGUACGAUUAA